AUGACAGAGAAAAAGAAUGAGCAGAACCCAAAAGAGGAGGGUGAUCAUGUCAGAGAAAAAGAGGAGAGCCAAAGCAGCCAAGAAGAUGAUCAAGAAGAAAGCAAGAAGAGCCCAAGAGAGCAAAAGCCUAAUAAUAGUGGAAACGAAAGCACCCAGGAAGAUGAAGAAAGUGACGUAGAAUUUCUUGGCCCUGCAAUUUAUCAAGAGGCUGAAACCACACCUUCUGUUGAAUUGAAGCAGAGCGACAACAAGAAAAAGAAUAAAGCUUUAUUGGAAUUGAGGUGCAGGGUGGAAGAUGCAAUUGUUGGGAAUUAUCUUCUGGGAAAACCCAACAAAAUGAUUAGCCCCGCUGAAAGUGCCAGGCAGAGAGAAGAGCUUAGGGAGAUUAGUCUUUGGGGUGUACCUUUGUUGCCCAGCAAAGGCCACCAAGGCACUGACAUUGUGCUGCUCAAAUUCUUGAGAGCCAAAGAUUUUAAGGUCCUUGAUGCAUUCGAGAUGCUCCGGAGGACUCUCAAAUGGCGAAAAGAAUACAGAACUGAUGAGAUUCUUGAAGAAGAGUUGGGCUCUGAUCUUGAAAAUUUGGUGUUUUGGAGUAGUGUGGACAAGGAGGGGCACCCUUUGUGUUUCACUGUGUAUGGGCCUUUCAAAGAGAGGGAAUUGUACAAGAAGACAUUUGGUUCUAAAGAGAAACGCCAGCAGUUUUUAAGGUGGCGGGUUCAAUUUAUGGAAAAGGGCAUCAAGAAGCUCAGCUUCAAGAAAGGAGGAGUGGACUCUAUGGUUCACAUUAUAGAUUUAAAGAACUCGCCGGGGCCGGAUAUGAAGGAGCUUCGUUCUCUUAGCAGCAAAACUCUGGUGUUGCUUCAGGAAAAUUAUCCAGAGCUCAUUCAAAAAAAUAUUGUUAUAAAUGCUCCACUUUGGUACUAUGUGGCACAUGUUCUCAGAUCAAGUCUCCUCAGUCAGAGAACUAAAAAGAAGUUUGUGUUUGCCAGGCCUUCAAAUGUUACAAAGACCCUUCUCAAGUUCGUAGACCCGGAAGAACUCCCAGUUCAAUAUGGUGGCCUCAAAAGAGAGCAAGAUCCUGAAUUCACACCAGAAGACAAAGCAUCAAGGCGCUCAGUCAAAGCAAACACAACUGCCUGCAUUGAAAUCCCAGUUGCUGAGGGUGGUUUGACAAUGGUGUGGGAGCUGACAGUGGUGGGAUGGGAUGUGUCCUACAAGGAGGAGUUUGUUCCUGAUGAUGAAGGCUCAUACAAGAUUCUGCUCCAAAACAAGAAGAGAUUAGGUCAGUGUGUGAGAAAUUCCUUCUAUACUAAUGAACCAGGGAAGAUUGUGAUCACCAUUGACAAUUGGACCUUCAAGAGCAAGAGGGUUCUCUACAGAUCCAAAUCCAAACUCACUGUUCCUGUGUACAGAUUCUUGUUUAACAAAUAG